AUGUCCAGCUUUGCACUGGCGUACGAGCGAUUUGGCGAACCAGGCGAAGUUCUGCAGAAGGUGCCCAUACAGCCUGAACGCACACUGAAGAACAGUCAAGUUCUGGUGAAGUACAUCGCCUCGCCGAUUAACCCCGCAGAUAUCAACACCAUUCAGGGGGUGUACCCACUUAAACCGGCCUCUUUUCCUGCCAUCGGUGGCAAUGAAGGAGUGGCCGAGGUGCUUCGAAUCGGCCCAAAUGUGAAGAGCAUCCAGGUGGGCGACAAAGUGAUCCCUGCACCGGCUGCCACUGGCACCUGGACGACGCACAGAGUGCUCACCGAAAAGGACUUUAUUGUUCUAGAUAAGAAUGUGGACCCGCUAUUUGCUGCUCAAAUCACUGUCAAUCCGGGCACGGCAUAUCGUAUGCUUCAGGAUUUUGUCAAGCUACAAGAAGGUGAUUCAGUCAUUCAGAAUGGCGGCAACAGUGCCGUCGGCGUGUACGCCAUUCAACUUGCCAAACUGUGGAAUAUCAAAACAAUCAAUGUCAUUCGAGACCGACCUGACGUGGACGAGCUUCGACAGUACCUCAAAUCGCUCGGUGCCGACUACGUGUUGACUGAGGAGGAGAUUCGCAAAAAGGAGGUGAUGGACGAGAUUUUGAGCAAAGUGGGAAAGCCGAAGCUUGCCCUCAACUGCGUUGGCGGCCAAUGUGCCACUGACUGUGUCCGACACUUGGCUGAUGGCGGAACAAUGGUGACCUACGGGGGAAUGUCAAAAAAGCCAGUCGUCCUGCCCACUGGCUCGUUCAUCUUCAAAGACCACCGUUUCGUGGGCUUCUGGAUGACUCGAUGGAGCAAAGCGAACCAAACAUCGCCAAAGCGAAUCAAGAUGCUCAGUGAACUGAGUCAGCUGAAUAGCGAAAAGAAGCUGAUCAUUCCGAAGACGAUCCAGGUCAAAUUGGACGACUACAAAGAGGUCUUUGAGACCAUUCAGAAGGGCUUCUCCAACUCUAAAUACGUGUUUACCUUUGAGUGA